CACAAGGUAAACUAAUAGUUGACAUGCCUUACAUUAUUCUGAUUUGUACUGGUCUUUUACGAGAUGAAUGUUAGAUGUUGGAAAUAUCGUGUAAACAAUAAUGUUAGAUGUUGGAAACAUGUUAGAUUUUGAAAUCAUAAUGUUAGAUGUUGGAAACAUAAUAAUGUAUAAAUAUAAUAAUGUUAGAUGUUGGAAACAUUGUUUAAAUAAUAUUGUUAGAUGUUGGAAAUAUUGUAUAAACAUAUCGAUGUUAGACGUGGGAGUCAUUGUAUAAAUAUAAUAAUGUCAGAUGUUGGAAACAUUGUUUAAAUAAUAAUGUUAAAUGUUGGAAACAUUGUAUAAACAUAUUGAUGUUAGACGUGGGAAACAUUGUGUAAACAGCCAAAUAUUAUAUAAACAUGAUUAUAAUAGGCAAGAGGAAGUAUUUUAGGAAAAGCCUAUAUUUUUUUAUGUUAUUAUGUACUUGGCGACCUAAAUGUCGCAGGAGAUGAUUGGACAAUCCGAAAUUUUAUUCGUAUUUUUAAUCCAAAAAUAAACUAUUUAAUCGCCUAAGCUGUUUGUUUAUAAGCAAUUCGUCUAUUUAAUUCGGUCGGUCGGUUAUUUUGACAUGCAUAACUUUCCACCAAUGACAAUCGAGACACAAACAGCUGACUUUUAAUGAAUGACGUGCGUAUACUGGAUAAUGGUAAAUCAAUUAGUAUGUCAAAACAAACCGAUAAGAAAAGUUAAAGUCUGGAAAUCGGACGGAAUUUAGUCUUGCUUAUUUAUUAAAUGUGAAUUAAUUGGGAUACAUAACAUGAUUUCAAUAUAUUUGGAACUUAAUUUGUGAAAAGUGAGGCUUUUAGAGAUUCUGUGUAUUGACAAAUAAUUAUCGAUUGUUAAACCUUCUUAUGAAAAAAAAUGGCGACGAUCUUGCCAGCGAAUAUUCUGGUAAGGAACAAGGAUCAGUCAACGACAAUGGAGCAAUUGUGAUGUUUACUAUUCAUAAAUUUUAUUCUUGUAGUAUAAUUUGUACAUAAAGAGCACCUCUACAAACCAAAAUGGUCGAAACAACGGGGAAAAAUGGUAAAUUCGACCCCGUUUCAUACAGACCAAAGAUAAAAGCCGAACACCUUGCCGCAGGAUUUUUAGGUGGUGUGGUUUCUACCUUCGUUUUACACCCUUUGGAUUUAGUUAAAAUUCGUUUUCAAGUUAAUGAAGGUUUCAAUGUGGCAGCAUCGCGGCCGCAGUACCAUGGUAUUUGGCACGCUAUCAAAUCUAUUAAAAAGUCACAUGGUUUCGGGGGGCUCUAUCAAGGUGUUACACCCAAUGUAUCAGGAGCUGGCCUCUCGUGGGGUUUUUAUUUCUUAUUCUACAGUCAGAUAAAAGAUUAUUUACAAGAUGGAGACAGUAAAAAGAAUUUAGGUCCAGCCAAAAAUAUAGCAGCUGCAGCAGCUUCAGGUUUCGCUACAUUAGUAUUAGCUAAUCCAAUAUGGGUGACGAAGACUCGUCUGUGUUUACAAUAUGAAAACAGUGGGUCUUCGGUGGUGCGGUAUAACGGUAUGAUAGACGCCUUGUUAAAAAUAGGAAAGACUGAGGGUUAUAGGGGCUUAUAUAAGGGGUUUGUACCAGGUUGUUUAGGUAUUUCACAUGGUGCAAUUCAGUUUAUGGUGUAUGAAGAAAUGAAAACACAGUAUAAUUUAUAUAGAAAACAAGAUUUAGACCAUAGAUUAACUACAGUUGAAUAUUUAAGUUUUGCUGCAGGAUCCAAGAUGAUCGCUGCUGUUUUAACAUAUCCAUACCAAGUUCUACGUUCCCGAUUACAAGACCAACAUCGGUCUCAUACAAAUUUACGUAGCGUCGUCAAAAGUAUAUGGAAGUAUGAAGGUUUUAAAGGAUUUUAUAAAGGGAUGGGCAUUUAUUUGUGGCAUGUGACACCGAAUAUUUGUAUAGUGUUUUUAUUGUAUGAAUACAUUACGAACUGGAAGCCCUUGCCGAUUGGCUGGUAUGGUUACUAUAAAGGACUAACACCAAAUUUAUUACGAGUUGUUCCAGCUUGUGCUUUGACUUUUGUGGUGUAUGAAAAUACUAUUACAUAUUUCAAUGGCUCGUCUGUGAAAUAAUAGUUCAAAACAAUUUAGUUUCUACUUUCAAAUUAAUCCCGGAAAGUACGCUAAUAGUAAAGCUUGCGUUACGUUCAACAAUUUAAUUCAGAUUCGUCCUGAUUGAAGCUUAAGUAUUUUUUGCCGUUUGGGAUUCAUCUUUAAGUGCGAUGGAAGAUUCAUUUAAUUUUUCAACUACAUUCCGGGUAGAGUAUCAGAAAUUUUCAUGCUUUCAAAAGCGGCCGGAGGGUUCGUUAGUUAAGCUUUAAAUUACGACCCGCAAUUUAAUUCGGAUAGAACGAUGGUCAAAUUUUAUUUCAAUAGUUUCAAAAAGGUUUGAAGACGGUUUAUGGCUUUAAAAUUGUAUCUCUGGCAGCACAAUUUUAGUACUUGUGUUGCUUCAAAAUUCAAAACCACCAAAAUUUCAUAUUUUGGAAUGAACAGCGGUGAUUGUGGUAUAAAUGAACUCUGUUAUGUGUGGAUAUUCAUUUAUUACUUUCAAAUAAAUUGAAUACAAAUUGUUUAAAAUC